CAUACCCCCAACUGGCUUCCUGGCCACGCCAUCUCACGACCAUGCCCCUCAUCUUAAACACCGCCGCCGCCUCCCCCCUCGUAGGUCUCGCCUCCCACCACUUCUCCAAAUUCCCCAUAAAGCCCCUUGCAACCUCUCGUAAUUUCAAGCCCUUGUCCUUUCCGGCGUCGUCCUCUGCGCCCUCGCGUCUCCGCCGAAUGAGUUGGCUCGGGAAGCUAGGGCUUGGCUUCGGCGGUCGAGGGUCCCCGACGGAGGCGUCGUCGGCGAUCGCGCAGAGCCCCGACGACGACGUGCCGGCGGCGGGGCAGGAGUUUGCGCAGUUCGGCGCCGGCUGCUUCUGGGGUGUUGAGCUCGGCUUCCAGCGCGUGCCCGGGGUGACCAAGACCGAGGUCGGGUACAGCCAGGGGAACGUCCACGAGCCCACCUACGAGGACGUAUGCACCGGGAUGACCAAUCACUCCGAGGUGGUCCGUCUGCAGUACGAUCCCCGGCAGUGCAAGUACGAGGACUUGCUCGACGUCUUCUGGGAGCGGCAUGAUCCCACCGCUCUCAAUCGCCAGGGAAAUGAUGUUGGGACUCAAUAUCGCUCUGGAAUAUAUUUCUACACACCAGAACAGGAAAAAGCAGCCAGAGAAUCCAUGGAGAGGCGCCAGAAGGUCCUUAACGGGAAGAUUGUGACAGAAAUCCUUCCUGCAAAGAAAUUCUACAGGGCAGAAGAGUAUCAUCAGCAGUAUCUUGAGAAAGGCGGACGCUUUGGUUUCAGGCAGUCUGCAGCUAAAGGUUGUAGUGACCCUAUUCGCUGCUACGGAUGACAUGGGUAAUUAUAAUCAACCAUCGAAAUCUGCAUGCCUGGUCGUUUCGGUCGAUAGAGUUGUUGAAGAUAACGAGUACUGCAUGUUAUGGUCUGUGUUAUGAGGCUAUGCCCUUCUUUGUAAUAUAAUUACAACUUGCAUAUUCAUAGUAAUCCACACAACUCAUCUGAUGGUUCUCUUUUGAUGUGA